AUGUCUGAAGGCAUCAACAAAGAACUUGUUGUGGAUCUUCGACGCGUCCCAACUGGUCGAAACUUGAUCGGGAUCCCAUCCUGGUCCGUGGGGCUACGUCAGAAGUACAUCACCGCCGUGUUGUUGUCUGUGCGGCGGGCUGGACGCCUGGGACUCCUUGGACUCGUCCAAGAAACCAAGCAUCCUCACAGGAAUCCUCCUCCCACGCGUGCUCUGACUGUUUUGACUAUUCCUCUUUGGGACUGGCUGCAUCGCCUCGUUUCAGGCCACGGACGGUCUCCCACUCGGCCAGCCCCGAUCGUCUCCACCGAUGAUGUGAUCCAUCGGCCAUGUGUAUGGAAUGCACCAGUCAGCUUGCCCGUGCAGCCGAGCGGACCUGUUCGCACGCUGCGGGGUCCAUCACAUCUCGUGUGCCGCCCUGUGAUCUGA